CGUUCUCGGGAGUCGCUCGGUGCAUCCUGGGAGCAAUAGUUCCCUAGCGUAUGAGAGCGAAUGGCACCAGGCGCGAAUGAGCCAUCAAGAGAACUACACGUAGGAGGCGGGGUCCAGAGUGAGGGUGGACGCGGCCCACGGUGGCGAAGGCGGCUUUAGUGGCAGCAUGAAGCGAGCCCAGACCGCGGAGGAGCGAGAGCGCGAAGCUAAGAAACUAAGGCUUCUUGAGGAGCUUGAAGAUACGUGGCUUCCUUAUCUGACCCCCAAAGAUGAUGAGUUCUAUCAGCAGUGGCAGCUGAAAUAUCCUAAAUUGGUUCUCCGAGAAGCCGGCAGUGUGUCUGAGGAGCUGCAUAAAGAGGUACCAGAAGCCUUCCUCACACUGCACAAGCAUGGUUGCUUAUUUCGGGACCUGGUUAGGAUCCAAGGCAAAGAUGUGCUCACACCAGUAUCUCGCAUCCUUAUCGGGAACCCGGGCUGCACCUACAAGUACCUGAACACCAGGCUCUUCACAGUGCCCUGGCCAGUGAAGGGCUCCACCGUAAAUUACACAGAAGCUGAGAUAGCUGCUGCAUGUCAGACCUUCCUCAAGCUCAAUGACUAUCUGCAGGUUGAAACCAUCCAGGCGUUGGAAGAACUUGCUGUCAAAGAGAAGGAAAAUGAAGAUGAAGUGCCAUUGUGCAUGGCCGAGUUCCCCAGGGUUGGCAUGGGGUCAUCCUGUGAUGAUGAAGUGGACAUUAAGAGCAGAGCAGCUUACAACGUGACUUUGCUCAAUUUCAUGGAUCCUCAGAAAAUGCCAUACCUCAAAGAGGAGCCUUAUUUUGGCAUGGGAAAGAUGGCAGUGAGCUGGCACCAUGAUGAAAACCUGGUGGACAGGUCAGCAGUGGCAGUGUACAGCUAUAGCUGCGAAGGCUCUGAAGAGGACAGUGAAGAUGAGUCAAGCUUUGAAGGCAGAGAUCCAGAUACUUGGCAUGUUGGCUUUAAGAUCUCAUGGGACAUCGAGACGCCUGGUUUGGCAAUUCCCCUUCACCAGGGAGACUGCUAUUUCAUGCUGGAUGACCUCAAUGCCACCCACCAACACUGUGUUUUGGCUGGUUCACAACCUCGGUUUAGUUCUACCCAUCGAGUGGCAGAGUGCUCAACGGGCACCUUGGAUUACAUUUUACAACGCUGCCAGUUGGCUCUGCAGAAUGUCCAUGAAGUCCUGGACAAUGGUGAUGUCUCUUUGAAAUCCUUUGAACCUGCAGUUUUGAAACAAGGAGAGGAAAUCCACAAUGAGGUCGAGUUUGAGUGGCUCAGACAGUUCUGGUUUCAGGGAAAUCGAUACAAAAUUUGCACUGACUGGUGGUGUGCACCCAUGACUCAGCUGGAAGGGCUGUGGAAGAAGAUGGAGAACAUGACAAAUGCUGUGCUUCGUGAAGUUAAAAGAGAGGGCCUCCCAGUGGAACAAAGGAGUGAAAUUCUGUCUGCCGUCCUGGCCUCACUCACCAUGCGCCAGAACCUGAGGAAGGAGUGGCAUACCAGGUGCCAGUCCCGAAUUGCCCGGAAUUUACCAGCGCAACAGAAACCAGAUUGUCGGCCAUACUGGGAGAAGGAUGACCCUUCCAUGCCUCUGCCCUUCGACCUCACAGACGUGGUUUCCGAGCUCAGAGGUCAGCUUCUGGAAGCAAAACCCUAGAGGGAGCACAAGUCUUAGGUGGAGAGGGAAAAGAUGCCCUUGGCUUUCCUCCCCAAACCCUGGACAAGGGCAGUGUAGACUUCUCUCAGCCUGUAGGUGGUAGAACCUCCG